CUGAGUUACUAAGACAACAGUUAGUCAAAAGAGCUUCUUGCAAGUUUCUUGUAGAGUAUGUUUUUGGUUUUAAGUUUUAAGAUGGUUGGGCCGUAAUGGUUCAUACGAAAAGAAUCUGCGAGCGUCUGCUAACAAAUGAUGACGUAUGGAGACCAAAAGACUCGUUUGUUGAAACGAAACCAUUAGCCAAAGUAAACGUCGCGUUUGAGAGUCCAUCAGAUCACUAUCAGAGCGAGAGUGUCUCUCCGGAAAUGGCGUCACCCCGCUCAGAACACGGUUAUCUUCCAGGGAACGUCGUCCGUCAUCUUGGUCUUUACUACACACGGAUGACGUCAUAUACCUCGCCGGCCAAUCACAGUAUGAACAAUGAUCACGUGACAUAUGAGACCAAAAGACCAGUCACUAAUUUUACCUCUACUGCAAGUCACGUGAUUGGGUUAUAUAAUUCUUCCUUUACUGCAGGCGUGGUGUUGAAGGAUGACGUCACUUUGAGUCGGUCGGAGACAAGCGCAAUGGGUAGAGCACCAAGAUCGAACAUUCUAUCCCACAUGGCUGCUAAGAACAAGACAUCGUGGGUAGAGAAUGCAGCUCAUAAACGUGAACAAAGCUCCCAAUCAAACUCGAUCCAAUGUAAAGGCAAGAACCCGUACUCAAAGACUCCGUACGAGAAGAGCCAAUUAGCUAUUAAUGCCGUUACUAUGGGGGUGAGGGACGGGAGGCGUUUUGAUCUUCUACCGAUUUCACAUUAUCUUAAGAAACACCAAGGUGACGACAAAUCCCCACAUAAACAAAGCAAAAGGUUUCCAUUGGUCCGAAUAAGCUCAUACAAAAAAGUGUGCUUACUGCCAAAUCUACGUAGCUAUAUGCAUUCACCUACAAGAAAGAAAAAACAACAAGCGACGUUUUUUACUGAAAAAGAUGUGUUUAAGACAAGGGAGUCGAGGAAAGAGCCCAGCCGUGGCGAAGCGCUGUUUGUGGACCCAAAAGAUCAGUUGCCGAACUUGUACAAACGACAAUACAAUGCACCUAUUGUCCGGCUAAGAGGAGACCAAGGUGUACAGACAAGCAAGGAAAAGGUUGCUUUUCCAGUCAUUAGCUGAAAAACAGUAGGAUAAAAAUCAGACGUGAUUCAUAUGUUCUAUGUGUUAAGCACGACGUCUUUGACGUCUGCAUCAAUAGGGUUCGGGACGGUGCUAGAAAGAAGUGUAUGUACGGGUGAUGUAGUUCAGCCUGUUAGAACACAUGCUUGGUAGUUUUUUUGUUAGGUUUAUAAUGGUAGAGCAGGGAAAUGUAGACAACGUCUAAAAGAAUACGAUGUUAGAGUUGUAUAUAUUUAAAUACUGCAUAAUUUGUCUGACAAACUGAUAGGAAUAAAGAGUGAUGAAAACACUCGGA